GCUACAUAUAUUCAAAUUUCACUCGCCAUUUCCAUGUUCUUCCGACGAAAUUUUCUUUCCGUCUCUCUCUUCGACAAAGCGUCUCUGCAAUUCGUCUUCAUCUUUGGAGCAGCGGACUUUUAUCUAAGAUACCAAUUUCUUACGGGUUUUUGCUUUCUUCUGUUUGCUGCAUUCAUCAUUGCAAUUCACAACCAGUUGCAUGAUGGUUCAACCUACAAGCACCACCACAACCCACACUGCCAUGAUGCGACCAACAUCAAUGUCUUCUUCCACUGUCACCACCACAGUCACCAUGGAAAACCCUGCCCAACAACAGCAACCACAAACCCUAGUUUUGCGACUAAAUGUCUGUUCGGAUGGGGGUGUGGGAGGAGGAAGUAAGGCUAAGGAGGGAGUAAAUCGGAAGAAGAAGAAGGUUACUUGGAAAGAGGGCACUGUCGACAAUGAGUUCAUGAAGAAGAAAAGCUCCAAAAAGUGUUGCAUCUUCCACAAGGACAAGCCCUUUGACGAGGACUGCAGCGAUGAUGACAAUGAUCAUGAUCAUGAUCAUCACAAUCACAAAUCUGAUGGCGCCUGUUCUUCCAAGGACAAUGGUGGUGAUUUGAAUUCAAUGGCUGGUUGAAUGCUUUUUUCUUUAUAAGUAUUGAAAUGAACUCUUUUUCCAAACUAAAAUUUCUUUGUAAGAAGUAAGAACAAGUAUUGGAUCUUGAUUAAUAUUGAUACUAAUUUUGUUGCUCAA